AUGAGCAUAACUUUUAAAAGAGACGAAGUUAAAAAACAUUCUACAAGUGAUUCUUGCUGGGUUAUUGUCAAUAACAAGGUUUACGAUGUCACUUCAUUCUUGCAAGAUCAUCCAGGGGGAAGCGAAUAUAUAUUGGAAUUUGCUGGCAAAGACAUCACUUCCAUUAUGAAGGAUAGUGUCUAUCAUACUCAUUCAGACGCAGCUUAUGAUGUGCUUACGGAAUAUUAUAUUGGAGAAGUUGUUAAAGAUGACCAUGUCCAAGAACGAAAUGUCAUCAAGCAAGCAGUCAAUGCGAAUAAAAUAGGAUCUCAGAGGGAUCAGGAGUUUUUAGAUCUUCGUAAGCCUUUAUUUUCACAGCUAUGGAACGCAACCUAUUCAAAAGAAUAUUACCUUGAGCAAGUACAUCGACCAAGAUACACACCUUAUACUGUACCUUAUUUUGAUAAUCCCUAUUUGGAUAUGCUGUCUAAAACAAACUGGUUUAUUGUUCCAGUGCUAUGGUUACCAUUUGUCGCCUUUCAGCUAUGGAAAUCCCUAAACUGUGCAUAUAGCUCAGUUCAAGUUACCUCUCAAGGUUUCUCUAUCGGCAUCUUAUUUUGGACUUUGUUAGAGUACGUCUUGCAUAGAUUUCUAUUUCAUCUGGAUAAACUUUUACCGGAUCAUCCAAUCGCCCUAUUGGUUCAUUUCACCUUGCAUGGUAUACACCAUCAUAUGCCUAUGGACAGGCUACGCUUAGUGAUGCCUCCUAUAUUGACAAUAAUCCUGAGUAUACCUGUCUUUCAGCUUGCUCAUGGACUAUUUCAUCCUCCUCUUGCAUACUCAUUUGUGGCAGGUGCCUUCUUUGGCUAUGUCUGUUACGACAUGAUCCAUUAUUACCUUCAUCAUGCCAAAGUACUCAAGAUUUACUUUAGAGAACUUAAAAGGUAUCAUAUUGCCCACCACUACAAGAAUUUUGAUAGUGGAUUUGGAAUUACUUCUAAACUAUGGGAUUAUGUCUUUGGUACUGUUUUAUACCUGGAUGAAAGCAAAUAA